GGAAACAAGAGAUGAGGUUGAGAGGCACGACUCAAGCGCAUGGGCGGGUGACGUUUGACGUGGGGAACCGCGCUGCCGCCGCCGAUGAUUGCCCGUGGGCCGCCAGUGGAGAAGCCGAUCGCUGCCAGGGACCUUUCUGUGCCUGGCCACCCUCCAAAAAAUAACCAUCCGAACCCCGGUGAGAGCCAAGACGAUCCCGCUGCAACGCGACUGAACCAUCUCCGCGCCCGUGUAUAGACACACGACCUCGACCAAGAAUCCUGCGCGAUGAACGGCACAAGUGGCGCCAAUGGCACGUCGCCGGCCUCGAAGCUGCUGUGGAGGCACCCCUCGCCGCAGUCGACGCCCAUGUACCGGUUCCUGGACUCGGUGAAUAGAACACACGGCCUCGGAUUAUCCGACUAUCCCCAGCUACACCAAUGGAGCAUCGACCACAUCGACGCCUUCUGGCAGCACACUUGGGACUUUGUGGGCGUGAGACACAAUGGCACGCCGUCGUCCGCGGUUGAUCCCCAUGCUCCCAUGUUUCCACGCCCCCCUUUCUUCGCGGGAACGACUCUGAACUUUGCUGAGAACUUGCUGUUCCCUACGCAGGAAGUUGACCCGAACUCGCCCGCCGUCAUUGCCGCAACCGAGACUACGCGAGAGACGGUGACAUGGCAGGAAUUGCGAGACAGGGUGAAGCUGUGCCAGGCCGGCAUGCUGUCACUCGGCCUGAAGGAAGGCGACCGCGUUGCUGGCUAUGUUGCGAACCACACGAAUGCCUUGGUAGCUAUGCUCGCCGCGACGUCGCUGGGGGCGGUCUGGACAGCCGUCAGCCCCGAUACCGGAGUGCAUGCUGUGCUGGAUAGACUGCGGCAGAUUGAGCCCGCACUGCUCUUUGCGGACAACGCUGCCUUUUACAAUGGCCGCAGCCAUCCAGUUCUUCCCAAAGUCACUGAGAUCGCCAGUGAACUUCCAACACUUCGCGCCGUCGUCGUCUUCCCGACAGUUGCUUCGGUUGAGUUUGACGUGGCUUCACUACCAGUGCCAUCGGGAAAGGCGUACGACUAUGCCACCUUCACGUCACUCAAAUCGACGCCAGAGCUCACUUUCAAGCAGCUCCCGCCAGACCACCCGGUCUACAUCCUGUACUCGAGUGGCACGACGGGAGCGCCCAAGUGUAUCGUCCAUGGAGCCAUUGGCACCCUGCUCCAGCACAAAAAGGAGCACAUGAUUCACUGCUCUAUAACGCCAGGGUCGCGUCUCUUUUACUUCACAACCUGCACCUGGAUGAUGUGGCACUGGCUCGUCAGCGGAUUGGCGUCAGGGGCUACCUUGGUGCUUUACGACGGCUCACCAUUCCGCUAUGUAGACAGCUCGAAUCCAUCCACGUCUGUGCCCGACGACCUCGCCAUGCACCGGCUGAUUGACGAGUUUGGCAUCACGCACUUUGGUACCUCUGCCAAGUACUUGUCUAUCCUGGAGCAAAAGUCCGUCGACCCUGCGGCCGCCGGACUGGCUCUCGACAAACUCGAAGCAAUCUACUCUACAGGCUCUCCGCUUGCGCCAUCAACCUUUUCGUACGUCUACUCUGCCUUCCCGUCGUCCAUCAACCUCGGCAGCAUUACCGGCGGCACAGACAUCAUCUCGCUCUUUGGCGCACCAAACCCGCUCCUCCCUGUCUACCAGGGCGAAAUCCAGGGUCCCGGCCUGGGCAUGGCCAUCGCCGCGUACGACUUCACUGGCGCCGACAUCUCGUCGACAGGUGAGCCCGGCGACCUAGUCUGCACCAAGCCCUUCAUCUGCCAGCCCGUGGCCUUCUGGGGCGCCGACGGCGAGACCAAGUACCGAAAAUCAUAUUUCGACCAGUUCCAAAACGCCCAGCACCAGCCCAUCUGGCACCACGGCGACUUUGUGCGCUUCAGCCCGGCCACAGGCGGCCUGUGGAUGCUGGGCCGCAGCGACGGCAUCCUCAAGCCCGCGGGCGUGCGCUUCGGGUCCGCCGAGAUCUACAACGUGGUUCUGCAGCACUUCCCCGAAGACGUGGCCGAUGCGCUGUGCAUCGGGCGCCGCCGCGAAACAGACUCGGACGAAACCGUCGUCUUGUUCCUCAAAAUGGCCGACGGCCACCAUCUCUCGCCGUCCCUCGUCGACCGCAUUAAACUCAGCAUUAAAAACGCGCUUAGCGCUCGCCAUGUCCCGGCUCUCGUGCAUGAAUGCCCGGAAAUCCCUGUUACUACUAAUGGGAAGAAGGUCGAAGGCGCCGUCAAACAGAUCCUAUGCGGCUUGAAUGUCAAAACCAGUGCGAGUGUUGCUAACGCAGAGUGUUUGGAUUGGUAUCGGGACUGGGCGCGCACGAAUUAGGGGGAGUUGUAAUUUGCAUCAGUGUCAGUGUUCAGCGUCUGCUUCAACAUGAUUCAUUCAGCGUCAGCGUUCAACCCUUCUGUCUGUGUCUGUGUCUGUGUCUGUAUCCGUAUUAGAGUAAUGCCAUUCAUCGCGUUUAGACUCUA